AUGAGUGGAGCAACAAAGGUUGUUUGUGUAACAGGAGCCUCCGGUUACAUAGCAUCGUGGCUAGUUAAGCUCUUAUUACAACGAGGUUAUACUGUCAAAGCUACUGUUCGUGACUCAAAUGAUCCAAAGAAAACAGAGCACUUGCUCUCACUGGAUGGAGCAAAAGAGAGGCUUCAUUUGUUCAAAGCAGAUUUGAUAGAAGAAGGAUCUUUUGACACUGUAGUCGAUGGAUGUGAAGGGAUUCUUUCACCAAAUGCAGAAAUAGUUGACCCUGCAGUGAAUGGAACACUCAAUGUUCUCAAAUCAUGCGUGAAAUUUUCUACUGUCAAGAGAGUGGUUUUAACAUCUUCUAUGGCUUCAGUAAUGAAGAGUGGAAAACCUCUGACCUCUGAUGUGGUAAUUGAUGAAACAUGGUAUUCAGAUCAAGUUGUUUGUGAGAACCACAAGCAAUGGUAUAUGCUCUCAAAAACUUUAGCUGAGAAGGCUGCCUGGGAAUAUGCUAAAGGAAUUGGGAUUGACUUGGUUAUAAUGAAUCCAGGGUUUGUGAUUGGUCCACUCUUACAGCCAACUCUUAAUCUCUCUGUGGAGCUGAUUCAGAAUCUCAUAAGUGGCACCCAAACAAUACCUGUUUCAAAUUACAGAUUCAUUGAUGUUAGAGAUGUUGCCUCUGCUCAUAUUCAAGCAUUUGAAGUUCCUUCAGCUGCUGGAAGAUAUUGUUUAGUUGGCCAUGUUGCAAGCGUUUCCAAGACUCUGAAGAUUUUACGACAACUUCAUCCCACUCUGCUUCCUGAAAAAUGUGAGGUGGGCACUCCUCCGGAGCCAACAUAUCAAGUAUCCGUGGAGAAAGCAAAAGGUUUAGGAAUCACUUUCCUUCCUUUGGAAGUAAGUCUUAGGGACACUGUUGAAAGCCUGAAGGAGAAAGGCUUCCUCAAGAUUUAA